AAGAAGGUCUACCUGCUCCUUCUGGCUUACUCCCCGGAGCGCUAAUGUGAGAUCAGCGGGCUGACUGUCUUGGAUCCCCGAACAAAACUCGCUAGCUACCCGUUCCUGUCUGGCCCCCAGGGUACCUAAAUCUGACCCCAAACUGCGUUGCUAUGCUCCGGUGAACCUUCCUCCAUCUGACCCGAUUCUGAUUUGAAUUUGCCCCGAGGCCCCAGUCAGACACCGCCGUACCGUCGCCCCGCGCACCGGCCAUGUUUGCCGAGACUGUGUCGGGAUAGUAGGAAUACUUGUCGUGCCCGGAGAUUUGUCUGCACUCUAACGUUUCCUCCCCACAGAGAUAUCAGCUAUUUACGGAAUCAGCCCGUCCCUAAUGGAAGGCGCACAUUCUCCCGGGACAGUCCAGUGGCUGCAGCAGGGUAGGACUGGCCCAGCUACAACAAAGGAGCGUCGCUGGAGCUGGAAUCCUCCCUGCUACGGGAAUACUCAGUCCGCCAAACCACCCAUCCACAGGACCAGCCUGGGAUGUUUACCGAACAAGAAGAUGGCCAGCGAGAGUAGGUGUUCGACAGAGAAUACCCGGCUGGACAUAUCGUUAAGACUGCUGAGAGAUGAACUGGCCGAACUGCGGAUGUCCGGGGACUCUCUGUCGGAACAGAUGCAGGGCAUGUUCCGAACCAUCCAGGACCUGAAAUGUGCCUCUGAAGAAGCCUCUCAGCAAGACCUGUCCUUCCUGGCCGAGGAGAAUCUGGACUUAUUGACGGAGUGCAGGACGAGGAAACCUAUCGCCAUUCCGGAGGAGUUGGACGGUUUGUGUGAGCCCGAGGACCAUGAGGGGACCAGAACUUUCUCUAACGACUCCGAGCUUGAGUCAUGUAAACCCGCGUCAGACACCGUACAUAACAGGUCGGUUUCGGACUGUUCAAUGGACUCCGCAUUUUCCGAUAUGAGUUCACAAGGUCUGCUCCUUUCCCCCACGUCUCCCCCUCCUGUCCCCCCACGAACACUCCCUCCCCCUCUCCCCCCGCGGAGAGCAUACUCAGUACCUGCCAUGAGCGCUGAUAAGGUCAGGUAUAGAGACAGUCAACCAAUCAGAGAACGGCAAACAAAGGUGAAGCGCAGGAGCAAGUGCGAGUGGAUGUUGGAGCUGGAUGUACAGACGGCGACUUUAGUUUGAUUAUUGAGGCUUUAUUCCUACCUUUGUAGAAAAAAAAAGGGUGUGGACAUCUUCUCAAUUUAAUACAGCCAUAUCCAGUUGCUUGAGUAACUACUUUUUGGCGUAAUACAGCUGGUGUUUGGAAAUUUGCUUUUUUAAUUUGGUUUAAUUUCUAUCACUUUCAACCUGAAAAGGACACUUUAAAGAAAUGAAGCUACCACUGUCAACCGAUCGGGGCCUCUGGUGACCUCAAAAAGCAAGCGGGGCUACCGUUUGGCUGACAGUAGAAAGCCUUGCUGUAAGAGAUGGCAUUGAUGGAUACACUUUAGGAUAUUUCUAUAUCAACUCCUUGUGAAAUAAUUCAUGUUUGAGAUAUAUAAUCUAGACGCUGUUGAUCGGAGUCAGUAUUACAUAAUGUGUAUUUUGAAGGUACUUAAUUGACACCACAAAAGAACGUGGACUUUCUUCAGGGACUCCUGUAACUGAAGACAUUAUCAUUACCAUGUAAUGCAGUGCCACCACAGCAGUUAGACAUAGCCGUGUAUACAACACGGUUAGUGGUAAGCUACAUCAGAUGUUUGAAGGAUUUUGUACUACUAUAUGUGUGUGUGUGUGUGGAGACCAUUGACUGCGAUGAAUGGGCAAAAAGUCCCAAUGAGUGCUGCAGAAGCUUGUUCCAUCUGUAGCAUGAUAUUGCAGCUAAGAGGUUCUGUACAAAGUGAUAAAGACAGAAACUUAUGGGGGGGGGGGUGAAUAAUUUUGCAACCUGCCUUUGUGUGAAAGUUGUGAUUUUGGAUGGACUACGAAAUAAAUUUUGACUUUUUCAUCUGGAA